GUAAAAUUUCUCAUUUUUGUGUACAUCUCUAUAUAUGGCUAAAUCUCUUAACAUCGUUGUCAUGCUUUACAGAGUUAAUCAGUGCUAACGUUGACAUUGAGCAUGUGCUGGAAAAAGGAACAAAACUAUUGGCUUCUGGGCAGCUAAUGGAUGCCCUUUCUCUUUAUUCGCAAGCCGUGGAUGCUGAUUCAAAGAAUUUUAUUGCUUAUUAUAGAAGAGCUACUGCUUAUCUUGCUAUGGGGAAGACCAAAAUGGCAUUGCCGGAUUUAGAAAAGACACUUGAGCUUAAUCCGGGCUAUAUUCCAGCUGUGAAACAGCGCGCCUCUAUCUACCUAAAAAUGGGGCGAUUUUCGGAUUCUAUUUCAGACUAUUCUUUCCUUACUUCUCAUGACCCUGAGGCCGAAUCCAAGAUUAAUCUGGUAAUAAGUCUACGCGAUAAAAAAGAAGAAACCAGUAGACUAAUUUCGGGUCGUAAAUAUUCUGAGGCGAUUUCCCUCUUGGAUUCACUUAUAGAAUCAGUAUCUCUAAGUCAAGAACUACGCGAAAUGCGCGGCACGUGUUACCUUAAUCUGCAAGAAAUUCAAAAAGGUAUACAAGAUCUUCGGAAUGGUGCUCAUCUAACUAACGAUAAUCGUGCAGGACUUUUGCAUUUGUCUAUUUUAAUGUACGAGUUCGGACUUGCCGUGCAGUCAUUGGAGGAAAUUCGUGAAUGUCUGCGCCUGGAUCAGGAUGAUAAGCCUUGUCUUGAGCAUUACAAACGAGUAAAAAAUCUAGCAAAGGCCAUUAAAGGUGCUCAAGAGGCUUCUGAGGCAGGAAGGUAUGAUGAAUGCAUCAAAGAAGCGGAAAAAAUAAUUUCUUAUGAAUCAAAAAAUCAGGAAUAUAUUCUACAGGCUAAAGUAAAUCUAUGCCACUGCAAAGCAAAAUCCGGAGCUAUAGAUUCUGUGGAGUAUUGUGAGAAAGUCGUUGAAAGGUAUCCUGAGUCCACUGAUUACCAAUGUAACCUAGCGGAGGCUCUUAUAAAUGCUGAUCGACUUGAUGAAGGCAAGUAA